AUGGGUGGCUUAUCUUUUGCUCUGGAGGCACUGUGGAAAAAGCGGCGCAAGCUUCUCUGGCACACAAAGGCCCUUCAGUCUCCUGUUCUUCAGUUGGAUAGAGCAAGUCUUCUCUCGCCCAGGGCAGGUGUGUGGAAACUCCCAAGAGGAGAAGGAGGAGGAACUGCCUUGUCUGGCUGAAGAGCCCAGCCUCCACCAAGGCUGAAAAGGCAAGCCACUGGACCUAGAUGAGUGGUGCGCAGCACUGAUUUUCUGCCCCACCAAGGGAACCCAGUUACUGGGCAAAGCAGAGUUGGACUUGAAACCAGGAUGCAUGAAUGCAAUUCACCGCUGCAGUGCUUGUUAAAGCAUGUAUAAAAAGGUAAAGGGACCCCUGACCAUUAGGUCCAGUCGUGACCAACUCUGGGGUUGCAGUGCUCAUCUCGCUUUAUUGGCUGAGGGAGCCGGAGUACAGCUUCCAGGUCAUGUGGCCAGCAUGACUAAGCUCCUUCUGGUGAACCAGAGCAGCGCACAGAAACGCCGUUUAUCUUCCCACCAGAGCGGUACCUAUUUAUCUACUUGCACUUUGACAUGCUUUCGAACUGCUAGGUUGGCAGGAGCAGGGAUCGAGGAAUGGGAACUCACGCUGUCGCAGGGAUUCGAACUGCCAACCUUCUGAUCGGCAAGUCCUAGGCUCUGUGGUUUAACCCACAGCACCACCCACAUCCCUAUACAUGUAUACUUAGCAUGUAUACUUAGCAGUAAAGUCUCAUGCCAAUGACAGAGCACACUCUCUGCAUACAGACCUUUUCCCUGCCCAGAGAUUAGAUAAAUGCUGCCAGUCAGAGCAGGCAAUACAGAGGUAGGGGGACCAACAUGGUCCAUGAAGGCAGCUUCUCUUGGCAGUUAAAAGAUUCCAGUUUGACUCCAAUUAUGCUUGCGAUAUCCUUAACAUGUCCCUGAAAUGCCCCAGCACGAUGCAAAGGGGAUUGAAUGGGCUACAAAUUUUAUUUAUUUAUUAAAUUUAUAAAUGAACACAGAGACAAUUCAUUUAGGGAAGGUCAUUGCUCAAUGGCAGAAGAACCCAGACUCAGCAUGCACAAGGUCACUGGUUCAAUUCCCAGUAUCUCCAGUUCGAAAGAUCCGGUAGGAAUGGAUGGGAAUGGCCUCUGCCUGAGCUGCUGCCUGUCAGAGCAGACAAUAUUGGGGUUGGCUAGACCAAGAGUUUGACCUGGUGGAAGGUGACUUCCUAGAGCAGUGGUUCCCAAACUUUUUCCAGCCGCUGCCCCUUUGGUUCCAUAGACUCAUCCCCCGUGCCCCCUUACCCUACCCUGUAAAAAGCAUGAUUCGGAAUAGUAUCUUGCAUGAACCACCUAGGAAGACAAUAACUCAAUAACAUUCAAAUCAGGAACAAUUUAAUUGCACAUUUGUACAAAAUCCAAGUAAAUUCCACCAAACGGAUUAACUUGAUGCACUGAUAAUACCAGCUUUUCAAAGCCUUAUAGUCAUUCAUACUUCUAGACAGGAGUUGGAAAGGUUGACACCCCCCACACAAGGGUGCAGGCCUGGAAUUGGGGACAGAGGCACAAAAUUGUGCCUCCCCACUCUGGCUGGGAGUAGCUAGGAGCUCACCUGCUUUGCCAUGUGCUCCUUCGCUCCUCCAAAUGACCAACAUCUUCUUGCCAAGGGUGCAAGGGAGCCUACAUAUGUUCCUGCUUAUAGCACCCCUUGCUGCCCCCUUGCUUCUUAGAGACCCCCCCCCGGGAAUUCCACUGCCGCCCAGGGGGUGGUACCCUCACUUUGGGAACUAUUCACUGUCUUAGACACCAUCUCUGUCAUUUUUUCCAGCACCUUCCUUUCCCAAUGAGCCUUUUAAGUGUGGAUCUCAACUCUCAUCUGCACCUGUACAGUGGUACCUCGAGUUAAGUACUUACCUAAUUCGUUCCGGAGGUCCGUUCUUAACCUGAAACUGUUCUUAACUUGAAGCACCACUUUAGCUAAUGGGGCCUCCAGCUGCUGCCGCGCCGCCGGAGCACGAUUUCUGUUCUCAUCCUGAAGCAAAGUUCUUAACCUGAAGCAAUAUUUCUGGGUUAGUGGAGUCUGUAACCUGAAGCGUAUGUAACCUGAAGUGUAUGUAACCCGAGGUACCACUGUCCUGGGAUUGUUUUUAUUAGUAUUAUUUCAUCACUUGUUGUUUGAUGCCCUCUGCUCCUUUGGGGAGAAGGAGGGCAUAUAUAUCCAAUAAAUAAAUGUGGCUGCAGACCUGGUAGUCCCAAUCCAGCGGCAUCUCUGCGAGGGUCCUCCUGGUUGGAGCAAGAGCCUUGUGUCCUGGAAUAACCUCCGCGCCAAACUGGAUAAAGCACCGCUUGAAAGGGCGAUUGCAUCUUUGCCGAAGCAACAGAAUUACCCACUUAAUGCACAUAAGAGCCAGAAGACUGUCAGGCCCCUUGGCAAGGAAACGGGCUGCCUUGGCGCCUGCCUGCUAGCUCAGAUCACAGAGCUUGGCCCGCAGGGGUUUCCCUUUCUGGUCCCUUGAACACCUUCAGUCUGGAGCUUCUCCUUCCUGAUUCCCAGCACAGGAACAGGAGGAAGCUGCCAUGCCCUGUGCCAAACCAUUGGUCCAUCUAGUUCUGUAUUACCUACUCUGACUGGCAGCAGCUCUUCUCUCUCCCAGCCCUCCCUGGAGAUGCCAGUGAGGAUUGAACCUGGUGCCUUCAAAGCACUUCCACUGAGCUAUGAGCCUUCGCCUGCUGUCCCCAUUGGGCAGUUUCCCCAGGAGGAGGUGGACUGGUUGGGCAACAGCCACUGAUGCCCCUUGGCCCAAUCUCAGCCAAUCCAUCCACCUAUCUCCUUACACUCACAUAUCCUAGAAUUGUAGAAUUGGAAGGGACCCCAAGGAUCAUCUAGUCCAACCCCUGCAAUGCAGGAAUAUGUAGCUGUCCCAUACAGGGAUUUGAACUUGCAACCUUGGCGUUAUCAGCACCAUGCUCUAACCAAGUGAGCUAUCCAGGUCAGAGCAUGAUGAACAAAGGGAAGAUUUGCCUCUAUCCAAGGCGGAGAGAAUUCCAGCUUUCCAGGCCUGAUCCCUUGCCUUAGAGUCCUCUACCUUCUUGGGUUCCGGGGCCACAUCUGAGAGUUGUGGUGGGCAUGGCAAAAUGCUUAUUCUGCAGCAGAAAAAAACAACUGGCUGUGCUCAGAACCUCUCUGCAAGACACCUAAACACAUCCCAACAUAAAUGAAAGAAAGGAAGGAAUAGACAACACCCUCCCCGGGACAGCCACACCCCAUAAAAGCUUGAUUUAAAUUUGAAUGGGGGGUGGGGGAGAGAACAGGGCCUUGACGAGUGCCAAGGGGGCUGUCAGAGAAUGUCAUGGUGGCAGGAGGAGAUAACACUGGGGUGAACUUAUAUUGCUGAACUAUGGAACUCACUGCCACAGGAGGCAGUGAAUGGCCACCAAGAUCAUGGUCAGAGGCAGGAAACGUUUCUGAAUACCAGUUGCUGGAAACUGCAGGAGAGGAGAGGGCGCUUGUGCUCAAAUCCUGAUGGUGGUAUGUUUCCCUUGUGGGUGGGCCACUGUGAGAAUAGGAUGCUGGACUAGGUAGGCCACAGGCCUGACCCAGCAAGCCCUUCUUGUGUUCUUAACACGCCUCAGCCAAGGCUCCCCCCACAUUCUGUGCUUUUUCUUGCGCAGAUAUUCUAUGUUGGGGGCGGAUUGCAGGUGUUUGGGGAAGUAGAAGAAGAAGAAGAAGAAGAGUUUGGAUUUGAUAUCCCGCUUUAUCACUACCCGAAGGAGUCUCAAAGCGGCUAACAAUCUCCUUUCCCUUCCUCCCCCCCAACAAACACUCUGUGAGGUGAGUGGGGCUGAGAGACUUCAGGAAAGUGUGACUAGCCCAAGGUCACCCAGCAGCUGCAUGUGGAGGAGCGGGGAAGCGAACCCGGUUCCCCAGAUUAUGAGUCCACCGCUCUUAACCACUACACCACUCUGACUCUCUUGGAAGUCUAGCUAGCCAGCUGCGGGCUCAGUUACUGCAGGGCAGCAGGGCUCAGAACAGCAGAAUCAUUCCAGGAACUUUGAAGGGCAGACAAGUUGUGGCGCUUGGGUUUCAGUGGGGCUUUGGUUUUGGCAGAUGGGCGGGCUGCUGUGUGAGUGGCACUGCUUUACUGCUCCCAGUCAAGAUGAAGUGGGUGGGGAGACAAGGGAGGUGGGAGCUUAAAAAGGGAAGAGCCCAGGGGAAGAGGAGAGGCAGCCACCUGAGCUACAGACACCUCUUGGGACUAGAGACAAGUCAAAGUCUGCUUUGUUAGUGGGCUGGAAUAAUUCCAUCAAGCUCUGCAGGUAAGUGCAUGAGUACAUGGGGGCUGGUUCGGACUCAGAGCACAGUUUGCAAGGAUAAUCUGGGUGAUGCAAACUGACCUGCAAGCAGAAGCUGGGAUUUUGGGCAAGUCACAGUCAGCCUUGGAGUGCUGCUGCAAGGGAUAAAGGUUGCAAAAUAAAGCUUAACUUUAUCCACUGCUUUUAAUGUAGUUUGCCUAUGGAACUCCCUGCCACAGGAGUCAGUGAAGGCCAGCAACCUAGACAGCUUUAAAAGAGGAUUAGACAGAUUCAUGGGGGUAUCGAUGGCUACUAGCUGCAUUGGCUAUGCUCUGCCUCCACAGUUGGAGCAAAAAUGCUUCUGAAUACCAGGUGAGAGUUGCUGGUUUCCCACAGGCAUCUGGUUGGCCACUGUAAGAACAGGAUACUGGACUGGGUGGGCCACUGGCCUGAUCCUGCAAACAAGUUCUUUUGUUCAAAACCACUUUGCACACUCAACAUGAUGUGCAAAUGGCACAUCCCCGUUGAUUGGCGCACAAAUAGGCCUGGAGAGGGUGGGGCAGAGGACUUGCAAGCUGGGCUUGAUGCUGCAAAUAGGUUGCUGAGACAUCACAAGCAGAUCAUUGCCAGCAGCUGUUGCAGUUUUUAAAAACUUUAGCAUAGCUAUCAACCUUCCCUUUUUUUGCAGGAAAUUCCCUUAUUCCAGCGCUGCUUCCCGCUGCUAUCCCGGAUUGUUAGAUAUCCUGUAGACUGUCCCCGGGACAGGUGAGGCUGCUGAUCCCUUAUUUUCGAGGCUGCUGAUCCCUUAUUUUCAAAUCUGAAAGUUGACAGCUAUGCUUUAGUCCAAAACAUCUGGGAGAAAUCUACAACUCCCAUCAGCCUCGGCCAAGAUGACUGGGAGUUGUAGUUCAAAAUGGCCAUGUUGGCUGGGGGUGGUGGGAGUUUGCAGUCCAAAGCAUUUGGAGGGAGGCAGGUGGCUUUGAUGCCACAACCAGAGAAGACGGACAGGGGAUAGGAUAGACGUCUUCAAAUAUCUGAAGGGCUGUCACAUGGAGGAUGGAGCAAGCUUGUUUUCUGCUGCUCCAGGGGGGAGGACCUGAACCAACAGAUUCAAAUGGCAAGGAAGGAAAUUCCAGGUAAACAUUAGGAAGAACAUUCCGAGCUGUUUGACAGUGGAAUGGGCUUCCUCGGAAGGUAGUGGACUCUCCUUCCUUGCAGUUUUUAAAAAAGAGAUUAGAUGGCCAUCUGCCAGGGAUUCUUUAGCUGUGAUUUCUGCAUUUCAGGGGGACGAACUAGAUGACUUUGGGUCUCACCCAACAGUCCUAUGUGUGUUGUUUUGUGCAUGCUCUCUCUCUCUCUCUCUCUCUCUCUCUCUCACACACACACACACACACUGAUGUUGCCUUGUGUAUUUACUAAUGCCAAGCCUCUCUCUUUCAGAGACCCCAGAGGCCAUGCCAACUCUCCUCUCUGCCACCGUCCUCUCGGUGCUGCUGGCCACAGGCUGCUGGACUUAUGACGCCACCCCUGGAGUCGGUUGCCACCUCCAUCGUGAGCUGCAGGGCUUGGGGGUUAGGGGAAAAAGCAGCCAGUCCUCAGCAGGGGACUGUAUGCCUCAGCAAAGAAGUGGUGGGGAGGGAAGGUGUCUGGGCCCUUGCUGAGACACCCAGCCUCGUUCACUACUUACACCUGUAGGGCCUGGCAUCCAGCGUUCCCAGGUGUCUUGCUCAAUUCGCUGUAAAUCCUGCAGGGAUUGGACUAGGUGAUCCUUGGGGGGGUCCCUCCCAACCCCACAAUUCUGGGAUUCUAUAAUAAAAGUUCUGGGCUGGCUCCAGCAAAGCUAUGCAAUUACAUAGAUCAAUGCAACAGCGAUACCGAUCCAAAGCCUUUCAGAAGCAGUGGGUUCAGUGUCAUAAAGACCCACAAAACGGGAGACCUUCCAGGGAUUUGAGCCCUGCUGGAGAUGCAAGGAUCUCAGACUAGGAAGGCAGGAGACAACAAAACAAAACAAAACAAAACUGGAAACUCUUGCCUUUUUUUUAAUUGUCAAAGCAGGUUUUUGGAUCAUUCUGGAUUAACACCAAUUAUUUGGAAUCCAUCCUUGGUGGAUAGGUUCACGAUAAGAUUCCUCCCACCCCAAAAGAAAACAAUAGAGAGUAUAUAUUAAGAAUUUGAGCAGAUUUUGUUUUUUUAAAAAAACUCAAACAACAGCAGGAAUGUUAUGACCAUAGGCCAAUAAAAGCCCCUCCCCCCUUUUUUUUAAAACAGGGGUUGGGAAUACCCUUUGUAUUGAGCCUAACUGCUGUGUGGGGUGGAGUGGGCGGUAGGGAGACUGGGGGCCAGAGGGGGCCGCAUCUGGCCCUGAACGAGAUAGAGAACCCCAGCCCUGUUCUAAAGCAAAAGCAUUCCUUCCUUUGGCAUGUUUUUAGGGAUGCCAUGUGUCCUUUUUCCCCCCAGGACGUCCUCUUUUUCAGGGGUAAAAUUUCCGCCCUGGUGGAUUUCUUAUAUUUGCGAAAAUGUCAUGUGUCCUCUUUUGCUGCCCACCCACGAUUGCCCUGCUCUUCCUCCUCCUCUCCCAGCUUUCAGCGUGACCAUCAAGAGUGACCCCCGAGGGAGCUGCCGCAGCAGGCAAACAGUCCAGGCCUGUGUGGGCUACUGCGAAUCCAGCGCCUUCCCCUCAAAGUACUCCGUCCUCCUGGCCAGCAACUUCAAGCACAACAUCACGUCCGUCUCCCAGUGCUGCACCAUCGCCAAGAUGCAGAAGGUGAGUGAAACGGACACCCAUCUCAGUAACUGGAACUUACACACACCCUGCAACCGGUUUGAUGGUGGUUGCUUCACGCAAACACAGAGUUAAACUGCGGAACUCACUGUCGCAGGAUGCUCGCCAACCUGGAUGGCUUUAAAAGAGGAUUGGGCAAAUCCAUGGAGAAUAAGGCUAUUGGUGGCUUCUAGCUAUGCUCUGGCUAAUAAUAAUAAUAAUAAUAAUAAUAAUUUAUUUAUACCCUGUCCAUCUGGCUGGGUUUCCCCAGCCACUCUGGGCGGCUUCCAACUGAAUAUUAAAAACAAUACAGCAUCAAACAUUAAAAACUUCCCUAAACAGGGCUGCCUUCAGUUGUCUUUUAAAAGUAAAAUAGUUGCUUAUUGCCUUGACAUCUGCUGGGAGGGCGUUCCACAGGGCAGGCGCCACUACCGAAAAGGCCCUCUGCCUGUUUCCCUGUAACCUCACUUCUCACAGCGAGGGAACCGCCAGAAGGCCCUUGGAGCUGGACCUCAGUGUCUGGGCUCUGCCUCCACUGCAUACUCCCCAAUAUUUGUCUGAUGAAAUAAUAAUAAUUUGUUAUUUAUACUUUGCCUGUCUGACUGGGUUGCCCCAGCCACUCUGGGCAGCUUCCAACAUAUUAAAAAAAGUAAUAAAACAUUGAACAUUUUAAAAAAAACUUCCCCAUACAGGACUGCCUUCAGAUGUCUUCUAAAGGCUGUAGUUACUUUUAUCUCCUCGGCUCUGGAUUUGCAUAAUUCCAUACCAUCCAACAUUUCUCCGCUGAAAACAGGAAAAGCAGGACUUUCCGGGAUCAAAUCAGAAACUGGGACAGCUUCUGUAAAUCCGGGACUAUCCCUGGAUAAUAGGGACACCUGGAGGGUCUGCUGGCACUGUUGGGGCAGCAAUGCUUUUGAAUACCAGUUGCUGGAAGCCACAGGAGGGGAGAGGGCACGUGUGCUCGGGGGUCCUGCUUGUGGGUUUCCGAAUGACAUCUGGCUGGCCACUGUGAGAACAGGAUGCUGGACCAGAUGGAGUCCCUUUGGCCUGAUCCAGCCAGCUCUUCUUAUGUUCCUAUAACUGACAAUGUGGUGAUGGAAAGGUUGGUGGUGGCCCCAGCCCCUCCUGUUUGGUUGGUUCAGCCAGUGGAGGUGGAGAGAAUGAAAGGCACCAAGUCAGACCCAUUGGUUCAUUUAGCUCAGUGUUGUCUACACUGACUGGCAGCAGCUCUCUCAGUUUUCAGGCAGGAAUCUCUCCCAGGGGAUGCCAGCAGGGAUUGAAACUGGGACCUCCUGCUUGCAAGGCAGAUGCUCUGCCGCUGAGUUAUGGCCCUUUCCCCGUAUAAAAUAAUCUAGAGAAAGGGGUAGGUUGCAGCUCACAAACCUCUGGACUGGGUUGAAGGUGAGCAUAACAUGGCAAAGGCCUGGUUAGAAAAGGGGCUGAACUGGGCGGCUGGAGCAGGAAAAGCCAGGCUCCCACAGCAUGGUGCUGAAAAUGCCAAGGUUGCAGAUUUGAUCCCCUUAUGGAACAGCUACAUAGUCCUGCAAAGCAGGGGGUUGGACUAGAUCCUUGUCAGGAUCGCUUCCGAAUACAAUUCUAGGAUUCUACAAUCCUAGAACUGUAGAAUUCGAAGGAUAACCUCUGCCCCCUUUUAAGGCAGGAAUCGCAGCUAAAUAAUCCCUGACCGACGACCAUCCCACCUCUGCUUAACCAUCAGUGAAGAAGAGUCCACCACCUUCCAAAGUACAGCUCUUACUGUCAGAAAAGUUAUUCCUAAUGUUUAGCUUGAAUCUCCUUCCGUGUCAUUUGAAUCCGUAUGUUCAGGUCCGCCCCUCUGGAGCAGCAGAAAACAAGCUUGCUCCAUCUUCCAUGGGACAGCCCUUUAGAUAGUUGAAUAUGGCUCUCCUUUCACCUCUUUGUCUUCUCCUAGCUAAACAUACCAUCUUCUGCUCUUUUCUUUCUCCUACAGAUAAAGGUGCAUCUGCGUUGUGGGGCCACCCGGCCCGAGACCAUAGAAGUCUUCACAGCAAAGACUUGCCAGUGUGACGUCUGCCGCCUCUCCAGAUAUUAG